GUGUGUGUGUGUGUGUGUGUGUGAGUGUGUGUGUGUGUGUGAGUGUGUGUGUGUGAGAAUGAAAGGCUGAGGUAAUGAUUGCUGUAGCUGGAAUCAGCUCAUGGGGGAAUGCAGCAGGAGACCAGAACAAGCCAAAAGUUUAGUCUGUGCACCUUCUUCCCUUUCACUAGCCCAUUGAACAGUCUCUCCUAUCCACAUCUGAAGGAUACAGUAGCAUAUAAUACAACUAGUGACAGUUGGAUAAAUCAUGUCGUAUUACACUAACAGAUGAUGAAAUGUUGGAAAAUGGUCUUAAACUAACAUUUUCUGGUACUUGAAAAGUACCUAGAAAGUUGCAUGGAGUAUACCUUUUAAAAGCUAAAGUCUAAUUAUGGUCCAUAUACGGUAUGUAAGUUAUUUUUUAAAAACUACACAGUAUUUGUUUGUAGACGACAAGUCUAUAAGAUGUACCUUUGAGAAUACCACCCCAAUAAGAAGAUCUACAGUUUAAUACUCUUGUCUUUCUGAGAGUAAGGAUACACGUCCCUCCAUAUUUAUUGGAACAAGACUGUUUUGUUUUUGCUAUACUUUAAAUGAUUUGUGUGCAAUCAAAAGAGAAAUAUCUGUUGAGCUCACCAACUUGAUGCAGUUGUUGUAAGUAAUGGGUAUUCAAACAAACAAUACGUUUUAUUUGCUUCGAUUUACUUUGUUACAUUUGCUCACUGAAAAAAGGGGACAAAAGCUGAGUUUCUGAUCUGUCGUCUUGUAUUCUUAUAUCUUCUUCUGAUCUCUAACCCAAAAUGACUUGUGUAUAGCGAAUCGACAUUUAAAAAAAAAAAAAAACACAACACAUUGGCCUGGUUGUUCCAAUACUUUUGGAAGGAGCCGUAUACACCGAUCGUGUGUUUGACGUAGUGAUCCUUCAGCAAACUGUGCUGUAAGCAGAAGGAAUUUAUCAACUCUGCAUGGGGUCUUGCUAGGAAGCAGCAGCCAAUCAAAAGCCAGAGGUUUAACCUGUACUGUUAUGCUAGAGCAGCCAAAGUAAUGUCUGUUCUUCACCGCAAAGUGACUCCUACUAAAGCGUAGUCAACUCGUUCAGGUAUAUUUUGAUUUGCUUUAAUGACGAUUGGAUUUUAAUGCUGUUCUUGGCACUUUGAAAGUCUCCACUAAUGGUAAGAAAAGUUUUUCACUUAUUUUGUUCUAAAUGGAACGUGUAUAGUCAGAUGUGAGAUUGGGAGAAAAAAAAAUACAUGAAUGGAUAGAAAAGAACAGAGGCAUAUGGUGGUUUAUUUCAUGGUGGAUUGUGCACUUGAUUAAUUUAUCUUUGAGCACAGGAUUCUUCUGGAUCAGCAAUAGAAGAAUUAUCACCAUCGUGCCUGAAAAGAAAUGUAUUUUUUUCCCCUUAGUGCACGCUUUGCUUUAAUACAGCAAAACACCAAUUUAUAUGCUAAUGCUUUCUCAUUACUAAUGGAAUUCUAGAAACCAUGCUAGUUAGAGUAAGAGUGAAAUCGCUGCAAAACAAAAACCACAACUUUAAUUAAAAACUAUUAUUUAUAAGAUUGAAGGGCUCAGGAUUAUUGAUUAUAAAAAAAAUAAUAAUAGAUUUUUCUAAAAUGUUUCCCAUCUUGAGAUAAUGUACAGCAAAGAAAAUGGGCAUCACAGAUAAACCCACUGCCCUGGAGGAAGCCGCAAACUGGCCUGCUGAGCUACAUUUCCAUAACAUAAACCGCCAUAGGAUGAGAAGGAGGAAUCCGUCUCCUUCCCGUGAGGUUUCUCCAGUUCCAUCUUACUUCUCUGAACCAAUUUCUUCCAGAAAGCGUAAGGAUGUAACUGCCAGACUGCCUUGUCUCAUUAAUGAAGCUCAUCAGGACGAAGAUGACAAUGAUGACAUUCAGAGUUUUAAAAGCCUUCCGACGGUGAUGCGCACGUUAACCUCCGACACUAAAGUGAACAGGUCGCACACGAGCCGCAAAGAACCAGGCGUCUCUGACUUGAGCCUUCCGCUUCUUGUCACGUCCAAAUGUACUCUGGUGGUAAAAGGCACUGGAUGUACUCGCAACAGGGGAUUUCUCCCUACCAUCAAAUCCACACUUGUGGAGAGGCCACCAUGCCGAGCCGGAUGCAGGCCAGACAAUGUUGAAGUAAGUUCAACUCAGCAUCCUGACCCAGUCAGUGAUCCUCGGUAUGCACCACUCAGUGAAAGCUGUCCUAAAAAGUCAUGGAAUAUAAAAGCAAGCUGUCAACACCUGCCCUUAUCUUCCGCUAACGAAGUGUCCCUGGGUCCCCGAAUCACAUUCCAGAGUCCAGUGGUACAAAGCAUCAACCCCAUCUCUCCUGACUUGAUGAAAGAGAGCAGACACAAUGUGCAGGCUUGCAGACCUCUGAGGCCUGUGCUAAAGAGAGCACAGGUGCUGAACCGAGGAGCUCUCCACUGCCUUAUAGAGGAAAGCUAUCUCCCCUGCUCAAACAACCCACGUUUGCUUGAGCCAUUUUCAGGCUUUAAGGAACACCUUUGUCAUCAGCUUCUUAACUCCCCCUUGCCCUGCCGUGCAGCUCUGCCACACGUCAACUCUCAUCACUUCUUACAGCUAGAAGCUUUACUGCCUGUGCCUCAGGGGCUAGGCAGUUCCCUGAUGCAGCGCACUGUGGAGCUCUGCAACCCACAAGGGAGACAACUUCCCUGCAUCACCAUGACCCGUCCUACACCUUCUCCUAAACAUUUGCACAACACUGAAAACAGGCAUGUAGCCUGAGUGCAUGUUUUUCCACUGGAAAAUGAUGACCUCUUUUCUCUGCCUUGUGUCUCAGCAGCCCCCUCCAAAAGUAUUGGAACAGCAAAGCCUUACGUAAUGUCACCUACUAAAUAUGUCACAUAAAUCGUUCAAUGGCGUUCAACUGUCAUUUAGUAAAUAAAAAUACCCUUAUUUUUGGAAAGUCCCAGAGUUUGAUAGAUAAAAUAUCUAAAGUCGCAGCAUCAUAAGGAUGAAGUUGCAAUCAAAAAAGCUUCGACAAAUAUCGGAGACUCUGCCUACAGGAGACAUCCACACAUAGUUAGUGAUUAGGUAAAUAACAAUCAUGGAGCAAUGAUUUCAGGUUGAAACACUCCAAUAUAUGGAAAGGUUCAAAGGGGUGGAUAGUUAUACAAGUCACUGUACAUCACUUUAAUCUUAAUCAAAGAAUUAAUUAAGCCAUUGGGUCAUAUGCCCACUGUCUGCUUUGCAUACCCACUAGAAGAACCACUAUUCACUGGUAAAUAAUGCUGUCUUCUUUCUCAACAGUGCGAAUAACUUGCCAUGCGUUUAUUUAACAAUAUCUCUUUUCUACAUUAGCUAUGCAGGGGAAGAUCUUGCAAAAUGAAUAAAUCAUAAUUAAGUGACUGAUUUCACAGCUGCAUUAAAACUGCUCAUACAAAUUCCACCUACUUGCCUGAUGCUAUAAAGAGCCACACAGGACAGGAAUUAAUUCACCUCUGGGAACUGUGAAGACGUAACAAAUAUCAUUACAGCACUGCUGAAUAGUCAGCAGAGAGAUUGGAUGUGAGAACACAAAACGUCUGGCUCAGAACUCUAACCUUUAAGCCAUCACAUUUCUUAAUUUUUUAAUCCAGCCCCAAGAGGUCUUUACGUAUGGGGUCGUGUCUGUAUUACAGGCUCGCUGAUGUUCAGAUGAACAUAUAGGGAACAUGUUUAGGGAACAUGUUUAGGGAACAUCUACAGUGUCUUUCACACACAUACAUACUUGGAAUUUUUCACAUUCUGUAUUGUUACAACCUGGAAAUGAGAUGUACAUAAAACAUCCAAUAAUAUUGAAAUGAUAGAAAAAUAUAUUUAGUUUGCCAAGAGAUAAAGGGUAACACUCGACACAAUGCUACCACCAUCCUGCUUCACUGUGGGAAUGCUGGUGUCAUUGUGGUGAUCAAUGUUGGGAUUCUGACAAAUGUAGCAUGUUGUUUCAAAGCCAAAAACUUUGUCCCAUAAGACCAGACGGCAUUUUUUCUACGUUAUGCCGAUUCUCCUUCCUUUUGGCAAACUUCAAAUAGAAUUUCAUAUAGUCUUCUAGAAAGCUUGCUUCAGGAUCUUCACAGUGUGGGAUAUCUAUAUCUAUAUAUUCCAUUCUAUACAUGACGGAUGCUUUUCCAAUAUUUGGUUUUGGAAUUAUUUUGAUGGAUCUUCCAGGUCUUCACGAUGCUCUGAGCUGUCAAAUCAUUUCAGAAUCUUCAGCCCCAGGAGGUCUUUAUGUACAGGCCAUAUCUGUGUAGGAGGCUUUCAGUCUGCAGCUUGUUAAAGGAAGUCAAUAAGAUUCAACAGGAUGUGUAGGAAGGAGAGCUAUUUUAUACCAUGACAUGCAUCUAUCAAGGCGUUCAGGCUUUCAGCCAUUGCAGUGAAGAUUUUUCAUCAAUGUCACUAAAAAGACUGUAAUUAUUUUCUCUGCUUUCUCUGAGUAAAAUCAAUGUAGACUGCUGAGUCAGACACUAUGCCCAGGAGUGGUUCUCGAUCUGGACCUUCUGUUCUGUUAAGUGUAUGGCUGUUAUCAUCAACUACUUGUAGAUUUACUUUAUGACCAAGGCUUUAUAAGGAGCCUGGCUUUAUAAUGCGAACUUUAAAAAAACAAUAAAAAAAGGUUGUAUCUUGAGAAACCUAAAAUGCCAGUGAUUGAUAGUUUUAGAUAUAUGACUGCUUGUGUCUCUGGUGAGUAAAGCAUGAAGUCCUACACAAUAAGUUUAUCUCCUAAAUAAUAACAAAAUUGGGUUUGUUGGGUUGUUUUGUUAGUUUACCCCUUGAAAAUAUGACCACAUUUUAUUAACCAGUUAUAUUUUCUUUUUGAGACGUUUUGCUCAUUGAGUAAAUAAAAAUAUACUUUUAAAUAUA